AUGUGUGAACAAUCACUAGUAAAUUAUUGCUCCCAUAAGAGCAAGGAACAAGGAGAUAGUACCAUCACACCAUAUUUAUUUUCUAUGAAUUUGCUUGCGGUUGCAUUAUGGUACUUGAAGCAUUAUCAUGCCGAACGUUAUAUUGCUAUAGAAUUAAAUUUGAUUCGAUCAACAGUGAAUUAUAUCUUCUCAGAGGCUGUGGAUAUUUUACAUUCCUGUGUAUAUCCAGAAUUAAUUUCAUUACCUGCUGAUAUGUCUAACAGAACCACAGUACAUGGGCCUGAAGAACAUCAUAAAUUAAUAGUAGAUUCAACUUGCAUCGCAAUUCCCCAACCGUAUGACUUAGAUCAACGUAAAGCAUAUUAUCAUUCCAAAAGUCUAACUAAUUAUACAUUUCAAAUACAAAUAGUUUGUGAUUUUUCUCAUCGACUAGUACAUAUAUCCGAAUGUUAUCAUGAUAGUGUACAUGAUAUUACAAUUCUUAGAGAAUUGGGACUACUAGAACAUACGGAAGAAACUGUCCAAAUUAUUGCUGACAAAGGAUACGUUGGUGAAGAAUAUGUGAUCACACCAAGAAAGAAACCUCGUAGAGGUGAAUUAACAGACGAAGACAAAAAUUUCAAUCGUGACAUUAAUAAUACAAGAGCGGCUAUUGAAAAUAUUAAUCAACGUCUCAAAACUUAUGCUAUCUUGGGUGGUGUUUGCAGAGAAGCUUGUGAUGAUCCUCAUAAGAUUACCAAAAUCGUACAUGCUGUUUCUGCUUUAUGUAAUCUGAGCUUGGAUCAACAUAAAGCAUAUUAUCAUUCAAAAAAUCCACCAAUUUACGCAUUUAAAAUACAAAUAGCUUGUGAUUUUUCUCAUCGAAUAUUACAUGUAUCCGAAUUUUGUCAUGGUAGUGUACAUGAUAUUAAAAUUCUUAGAGAAUCAGGACUAUUAGAACAUACAGAAAAAACUGCCCAAAUUAUUGCUGACAAAGGAUUCGUUGGUGAAGAAUAUGUGACCACACCAAGAAAGAAACCUCGUAGAGGUGAAUUAACAGAUGAAGACAAUAACUUCAAUCGUGACAUUAAUAGUACAAGAGCGGCUAUUGAAAAUAUUAAUCAACGUCUCAAAAUUUAUGCUAAUUUGGGUGGUGUUUAUAGCGUAGCUUCUCAAAAGAGAUACUUUUUAAUUAAGUAUAUAGCUAUUUAA